UUACCUGUUCUCAUUUACGUAAACAUGUCGUUUAGUAAUUUAUUCCUGCAUUUAUAUUAAAUCAUACAUGGCGCUUAAGAAAAUAUGACUUGCCGUUUUUUAUAUUAAUAUUGGCGCUUAUAUAUCUUUUGCGGGAAGAAAUUUUAAUCAAAAUUAUGGUUGUUACUUCCUGUACGUAGGCUGCGUUGUCGUUUGGACUUGACGCGAAUUGAUCUUAGUGUGGCUGUUAGUAACAAAACCACAAUCAGUGUGCGACGAAUCGUCGUUUAGUGAGCCCGCGCGUCCCGUUUUCGCGCCACUUGGAUACGAUCUUUGAAUGAUGGAUCGAAGAAAUCGACGUUUGUCCAAGAUCAUUGACCUAGCUUUGACGAAUGCGGGAAUAUCUGAAGUGGAAGGGAAUUUGAAUUCCGUUCCUUCACAAAUAUUUAGUACUAAUACAGACGCUUAUAACGUAAAUAUGGAUGGUGACAAUUUAAAGCAGAAGAAGCAAGAUGAAUCCCUGAUAAAUGAACGUGUCCCAAUUACCGCUAGUACAUCCAACGUUGACGAAGAAUCUAUACCUAAAAUGUUGACAAUCAAGAAUGACUUACUUAUUGCAGCUGAUAAAUAUUUUGGAAGUGAAACUGGCACACCUGAAAUGACACGCGAUGAAACUGACUCACUUAAAAUAACACGCGCUGAAACAAUUAGUUCAUCAUUUCAAGUAAAUAUAGGUUUUGUAGAAUCAGAACUCCCAGAUACGCCCAGUAUAAACCAAAUCGCAGAUGAUGAGUUAAAUAACACAUCAAACAUCCCGACUGCAGGCUCCAUUCAACGAAGUGAUAACUCGACAAAUUCAACAGUUGACGAGCACGUUCGUCCUGACGAAGGAUCAAAAGUUGUUAGUCGAAAAUGUCGCAAACGAAAUUGUAAAACCGAUAAACGUUACAUAGACUAUUUAUCUGAUGAAGAUUUUUCAACAUUUAUGGAUUAUGAUGGUGCGGAUUUUGAUUCAGAUGAAUGGAUCGGAUCGGAGACAUCUAUAGAUGAUGAUAUAAAUGAGAGUUUAACAAAAAAGAGAGCAUCUAAAUCUAAGAAGAAAAAGAAACGGGAGAAUGACAUUCAAGAAGAAGAAGUUGUUGGUGAAACAGCUAUGAGACAAAAGAAAAAAAAUUCAAAGAGGGAGCGACAACAAAGAAGAGCUACUGGUGAUGAAUAUGCACGAAAAGAUGGCAAAGUAGUAACUUAA